CAUGGUUGAACAAAUAAAUUCUGGCUUACAUCAGGGUUAGAUGCGGUGCUAUGGCUCAAUAUGGAAAUGUCUUGAUAGUUCUUCCAUUCAUUGGGACCUUGGGAAACAGCUGUUUCAUCCAAAGCUUGCAGCCAAUGAAAUACAAAAUGUAUUUGUUGAGACAACAAUAAAGCGCUUAGGCUGCAAAUCGAUUCGUAUAAAUACCCAUGGCAUGAAAGAUCCAAGACAUUAUCCACCGAGACAACAGCAAUAAUGAAAUACUUCGUGAUCUGUGCUUUGGCUGCUCUCGUCCUCAUUCAGCACGCCUCGGGAUUCAAAAUCCGGCGCGUUGUCUAUGUGGUUCCAGUGACUGCAAGCACUACCACCGCUGCACCCGUCACAGGAAAUAGCACGACAGCUGCUUCAACAACAGUGUCAACAACCACAGUGGCACCAAUCAAGGUGAUAUACUGCUCCUGGAAGAACAAUUGGUGUCGUCCGGCCUCGAACACGGUGCUCAACUGCAAGUGGGGCAUCUGCAAAUACACUGGUUAAAAAUGUUACUGCUAUUGAUAGUUAAAUUUACCCAAAACGGAAAUAAACAAUCUUCAAAUAUAUUGUAGCACAAAUUUUCUUGGUUUUUUAUUUUUAUUUGAAAGUCUGGCUUGGUCAAAAAAGACUUGCUGGAACGGUUGGUUUUUAUUCUUAUUCAAAUACGAUGGCCAAU